AUGCUCAACUGCCAUCAUGUUGCUCAUGUUAUGCACCUUUGGCAGGAAACACUCCCCUCAAAGGCUAUAUUGGAGUCACUUCAAGGCAUGAGAGAUUACUUGGCUGCAGCAAGGGCCGCUACCACUUCUUCAUACAAUUCCUCCUUAAAUAUUGCGGCCAAAGCCACCGUCCAAACCAUCCUCGACAAAGACUAUGCGGAUUUAGCUAAUGAAGCUCAACAUGCUUGUUUUUGUUCGUCCAUUCAAAGUCUCCUUGAUUCUCAUUUUUUCCCAACUUAG